UAAAUAAAAAUAGGCCUAAAUAAUAAAAUAUUAGGAUUUAUUAUUAAAUUGUAGUAUAGGCAAGGAGUUCAAAGUUCACACAAACAAUCAACUCUUUCUGUUCUUAACUUAUAAUUUUGGUUUUGAUUUGGGGAAAAAUACUGACUUCACAAUAUGGCUCUUAGAGGAAUCAAGGUUAUUGAGAUGGCUGGACUUGCUCCAGUACCAUUUUGUGGUAUGAUUCUUUCAGAUUUUGGGGCAAGAGUUAUAAGGAUUGAUAGACCGAACGCUCCAGAUAUUGACUGCAUGGGACGAGGCAAACAAUCUGUUUGUAUUGACCUGAAGAAAAAACAAGGCCAAAAUGCUCUCAAGAGAUUGUGUUCAAAUGUAGAUGUCUUAAUAGAGCCAUUUCGUCCAGGUGUUAUGGAAAAACUUGGCCUGGGUCCUGAUGUCCUAACCACAGCAAAUCCAAAGCUGAUAUAUGCUAGGUUGACAGGAUAUGGUCAGAGUGGGCCAUUGUCACAAAAGGCUGGUCAUGACAUCAACUACAUCGCAAUAUCAGGUUUACUGUCCAAAUUAGGCAGGAAAAAUGAACCACCUUUUCCUCCUAUUAAUUUGGCGGCAGACUUUGGGGGUGGGGGCCUUGUCUGUGCUCUAGGAAUUGUAGCUGCAUUAUAUGAGAGACAUCUAUCUGGUAAAGGACAGGUUGUAGAUGCCAACAUGGUUGAAGGAUCAGCAUACCUGGGUAGCUGGAUAGAUGGAAAUAAACACAUGUUCAGUAAUGAGAGAGGCUGUAACCUUUUAGAUGGAGGAGCAGCUUUCUAUAGCACCUAUAAAACAAAGGAUGGAAAAUACAUGUCUGUGGGCGCGUUGGAGCAUAAAUUUUAUCAAGAUCUUUUGAAAGGUUUAGGUUUAGAAAACGCUGGAAUUACUCAGGUAGAUGACCAAGAAAAACAAAAAGAGUUGUUUGCAAAUAUUUUCUUAACCAAAACAAGAGAAGAAUGGACUGAGGUCUUUAAAGAUUUAGACGCCUGUGUUGCACCCAUACUUACUGUAGAAGAAGCUUCAGAACAUCCUCAUAAUAAGGAAAAAGAAACUUUUCAGGCAGCAUCUGAUUCUGUACUCAUGGCAAACCCUGCGCCCAGAUUUAGCAGGUCAACAGAGAUUCGGCAAAACAGACCUCUUCCUCAGAUUGGCCAACAUACCAUUGAAAUUUUUAGGGAAUUUGGUUUCACCCAAACAGAGAUCAAUGAUUUUGUUUCUAAUGGUGUAAUAACUCAACCAGCAAAAUUAUAGCAUGG